AUGCCUCGCUCACAAUCCCCAAAUCCAACUCGACAGGAGGCUGGAUUUAAAGCGACCCUGAACAACCCCAACGUCUCCGCCAGCGCCAAAGAGCACGCCCGGCACGUCCUCGAGGACCAAUUCGGCGAUGUAAUUGAACAAGUCAACGUCCCCGGCGGCGAAGCUGCGCCUACUCAAGCCGAGCCCGGUGCUCCCAGUGGGGGUGGACCUGGAAAGUAUGGAUCGGAGAAUGUGACUACCAGUCGUGGCGAUCAGAGGAACAGGACUAAUGUUGUUAGGGGGUAUAAAGCGGCGGCGCAUAACAAAGCCAACACAGACCAGGGACGACAGCAUGCUAGAAGCGCGUUGGAGGAUAUGGGUGUUAAUCCUGAAGAGUAA